UCUCUCUCUUGUCAUUCUCUUUCUCUGUGAACAAAUCAGAAUUGAACACCAGCUGUUUAUACUGGUUGUACUUCAUCUACCACCUCUCUUUUAUUGCCUUUCUUUUUGUUUAUAUGUCUAUGUUUUUCACACACAAACACUUGCUCACCAUCUCCAACAUGUUUAUUUAUAGUUGUUAACUUGUUUCUUUAGUUCCCCAUCCACCUAACAACAAGAAUAUUUGUUCCAUGUGUAACCCAACACAAUCUUCCCCAUCCAAAGUUGUCUUUUACAAGAAUACCCUUUUCAAAAAUCUCAAUAAUAAUCCCCCGAAAUCCAUGGAUGAUAAUCAUCACCAACUUCAUGGUUGGCCAACUCCUUCUCAGGCCUUAGAGGAGAUCAAAGCCAUUGGAAAGAUCUCAGGACCAACAGCCAUAACCGGUUUACUACUAUAUUCAAGAGCCAUGAUCUCAAUGCUUUUCCUUGGCAACCUAGGCGAGCUUGAGCUUGCCGGAGGGUCUCUCUCCAUUGGCUUUGCCAACAUCACCGGUUACUCCAUCAUCUCGGGCUUAGCCAUGGGCAUGGAACCCAUUUGUGGUCAGGCUUACGGCGCAAAACAAAUGAAACUAUUGGGCUUAACUUUACAAAGAACAAUCCUUUUGCUCCUGUCAACUUCUCUCCCAAUCUCUUUCAUUUGGCUUAACAUGAAGACAAUUUUGAUAUGGUGUGGCCAAGACAAAGAGAUAUCAACCGUAGCACAAACUUUCAUUGUUUUUUCGAUACCUGACCUUUUCGUGUUGUCCCUUUUACACCCUCUCCGUAUAUAUCUCCGGACACAAAACAUAACUUUACCGUUAACUUGUUGUUCAGCGGUUUCUAUACUAAUUCAUGUACCAUUAAAUAUUUUGCUAGUAGGGUAUUUCAAAUUGGGUGUUAUUGGUGUGGCUGUUGCAGUGGUGAUCACUAACCUAAACUUGUUAUUCCUUCUUGUCACCGUCGUUUACUUCUACGGCAUGCACCAGGAAUCGUGGGUGCCACCAAGCACCGACUGUUUAAACGGUUGGUCUUCGUUGCUAGCGCUUGCCAUCCCGACAUGUGUGAGUGUAUGUUUGGAAUGGUGGUGGUAUGAAUUAAUGAUAAUAUUAUGUGGAUUACUAUCAAACCCUAGGGCUACCGUGGCAUCAAUGGGUAUACUCAUCCAAACGACUUCGUUGGUUUAUGUUUUUCCUUCAGCUUUAAGCCUUGGGGUUUCAACUAGGGUUGGGAAUGAGCUCGGAGCUAAACGGCCUGCUAAGGCUCGUAUAUCAAUGAUCAUUUCGCUUAUUUGCGCUUGUGUCAUGGGUUUUUCAGCGAUGGUGUUUACUACAUUGAUGAGGCACCGUUGGGGGCGGUUUUUCACGGCGGAUGUAGAGAUUCUUGAACUAACAUCAGUUGCAUUGCCACUGGCAGGACUUUGUGAGCUUGGAAACUGCCCUCAGACCACUGGUUGCGGUGUUCUUAGAGGCAGUGCGAGGCCAACCGUGGGGGCUAAUAUUAACUUGGGAUCAUUUUACUUCGUGGGAAUGCCGGUGGCUAUAUUAAUGGGGUUCACCGUGAAAUUGGGGUUCGCGGGGCUUUGGUUUGGAUUGUUUGCAGCUCAAGUAACAUGUGCAUUGCUCAUGCUUUAUGUUCUUUUUACAACUGACUGGAAUGUUCAAGUUGAAAGAGCCAAUGAGUUGGCAAAACCAUCAUCAUCUACUUUUUCUUGUUUGCCGGCCAAUUCUCCAUUGCCGGAGACAAUCACGAAUGAUGUUCAAAACUCCAUGGAACCAAUUCUUGAAGAAAUCGUAUUGAUUUCUAGUGGAAAGGAGGUUGAGCUAGUGCAAGCUGAUUGUUCUUCACUUGAAACAUAUCCUCUCAUUGUGCAUUGAUUGAUUAUCACUAUAAUUGAUGAUUAUUUAUAAUUGUACUGAAUACUAUAAUAGUUAGUCUAUUGUAAAAAUUGAAUCAAUAUCUUGCAACUAUUGGUGAAUUGC